UAACGGCCGGCCACUGCUCCAUCUCCGCAACUCUUCCGCAAUGUCACGAUAUUUCUAACUUACCCAGAUUCGGCAUUUUUAAAUUCGCACAUAAACUGGAACAAAUCGCGUUGGCCAGGACAGUUAGUAACCGAUAAUCCUUUAUUAGCCUGGAUCUGUGUGUGCGGAUCCUGCAAAAAUCCACAAAGUCGAAUUUAAAACCAUUGUCUAUACAUAAAUUCCGAUACUCUCUAAUAAUACUACGUAAUAAACGUCAAUUACGUACUAUUAUUAAAAUUUACGAGGGUGAGUUAUGUGGUUAUACACGGGUGUGCGCCGGUAGUGAGGGGGUAGUGAGAACACACGUCUAGUGGGCAACAAGGCGCCUGGCAGUACGUAUACGGCCGUCGAAGCGGUAACAUCGGUGUUCUCUGCCGUGCGACGCUGAACACGCGUUCUUACACAGUGGACUUGUAACAUGUACCGUUCUGAAUUUUCGCGCUUGUGACAGUUGAAAUAAAAUCGUGAUGGCUCUUUACGUUUUCGCCUUCAGUGUUUUCCUCGUGCUUUCAAGUGUCGAUUCUAAUGAAUACCAGCCCACAGACAGUUCGCAGCCUUUGCGUUACGAAGCUCCAGAUGACUGUCAGUGGUGGAUACGUGAACCCUUAACCGCCGGCGGUCAGGACGAGGUGGCCCUCACUUGCAAUUUACGAACGAUCAACAGCGAAUUCGACACCACCAACUUCAGCGUCAUACCCUCGGAGCACACAACUUCUUUGAGAAUCGAAUGCAACGGGGAGAUCAUGUCGAGAAGUAGUUUGGACGAUAAAAGUUUCGUCCAUCUGACGAAACUCAGGGCCCUGGAGUUGGAGAACUGCAAACUGGGUAGAUGGCCCUCGGGAACUCUGUUGGGAUUACGUGACCUUAGGAAUCUGACGGUGAGAACACAUAAUACCGAAUGGCCGGCUAUGAACUUGGAAUUCGCCAAAGACAGCUUUUCACCUGUCAGACAGUUGGAGAGGCUGGAUCUUAGCUGCAAUAAUAUAUGGUCUUUUCCGGAGAACAUUUUUUGUCCGCUCAUAAACAUGGUGUUUCUGAACGUCAGUGAGAAUCGAUUGCAAGAUGUGAGUGAUUUGGGAUUUCGAGAGAAAGCUCCGGGGCAUCCGCAGCCUCUGUUAAGUGUUGCUGACGAAGAUCAACCCCAACAUCAUCAAACCGCCCGCACGUUCUCACAUCCGUGCAGUUUGGAUAUUCAGGUACUUGACACGUCAUUUAAUCAUUUCGUCUUGAUACCCGCGAACGGAUUCAGUGUGCUUCGUCGGCUUCGCGAGCUUUACAUUCAUAACAACGAAAUUUCGAUGGUUGCCGAUAAGGCCCUAUCGGGAUUAAAGGCUUUGCAAAUAUUCGAUUUGUCCAAUAAUAAAGUUGUGGCACUUCCAUCUGAGCUAUUCAAAGACAGUGUCGGCUCAAUAAAAGAAAUUUAUUUACAAAACAAUUCCAUAAGUGUUCUCGCACCGGGUUUGUUUGCCAACUUAGAACAAUUGUUGGCACUGGACUUGUCAAGGAAUUUACUUUCUAGUUCGUGGAUAAACGCUGACACGUUUUCUGGACUGAUUCGUUUGGUGCUUUUAAACUUAUCCUAUAAUCGUAUUACCAAGUUGGACCAGUCUUUUUUCAAGGAUUUAUACACGCUCCAAAUCCUGAAUUUGGAACAUAAUUCACUCGAAACCAUACCGGCGGAGACGUUCGCCCCGAUGAGUAACUUACACACCCUAAUUAUUUCCUACAACAAAAUCACGUAUUUAGACGCAUACUCACUAAAUGGUUUAUAUGUUCUUUCACUCCUAGCGCUAGAUAAUAAUCUGCUCGAGGGAAUUCAUCCCGAAGCAUUCAGGAAUUGCUCCAGUUUGCAAGACUUAAAUCUAAACGGUAACCAACUCAAAGCUGCGCCUCUAGCACUGAAAGAUAUGCGUUUGCUCCGUACCGUAGACCUGGGUGAAAACUUGAUCACGACGCUGGAAGAGCCCGGAUUUCGUGGAAUGAGCAAUUUAUAUGGCUUAAGACUAAUCGGAAAUCGACUACAGAACAUCAGCAAGCGUGCAUUCGCCGAUUUACCGGAGCUUCAGAUAUUGAACCUCGCCCGUAAUAAAAUCCAAAGGGUUGAACACGGAGCUUUUCAAUCCAGUCCCAACUUACAAGCGAUCCGAUUGGAUUCUAAUCAGCUAACUGACGUCAAUGGCUUGUUUGCGGACAUCCCGAGCUUACUGUGGCUGAAUAUAUCAGACAAUCAACUCGAAUGGUUCGAUUAUGCGCUUAUCCCGCGGGGCCUUCAGUGGCUGGACAUGCAUAAAAAUAACGUACGAGAACUAGGCAACCACUACAAUCUCGACUUCGAAUUACGUCUGCAGACGUUAGAUGCGAGCUUCAAUAAGCUUUCAAAGAUAAGUGCGGCCGCGGUGCCCAGCAGCGUUGAAUUGCUAUUUUUAAACGACAAUCUAAUAUCAAUUGUCGAGCCGCACACAUUUAUAAAGAAAACCAACCUCACCAGAGUGGACUUGUACGCUAAUCAGAUAGUCACUAUGGAUUUGAACGCACUGAGAUUGACUCCAGUGGACCCUGAAAAGCCGCUACCAGAGUUCUACAUAGGCGGAAACCCAUUUCAAUGUGAUUGUACGAUGGAAUGGCUGCAGAGAAUAAAUAAACUGGACCACUUGCGGCAACAUCCGCGUGUGAUGGAUCUGGAAAGUAUUUAUUGCAAGCUCUUGUACAAUCGCGAUAAUAACUACGUGCCUCUGGUGGAGGCAGAUUCGUCGCAGUUCCUUUGCACCUAUAAAACGCACUGCUUCGCUUUGUGCCAUUGCUGCGAUUUUGACGCGUGCGACUGCGAAAUGACUUGUCCGACGAAUUGCACAUGUUAUCAUGACCAGUCGUGGUCGGCAAACGUUGUCGAAUGCUCCGGGGUUGGUUACACCGAAAUGCCUAAUAAAAUUCCCAUGGAUGCCACUGAAGUUUAUUUGGAUGGCAAUAACUUCGGUGAGUUAUCUAGUCAUUCUUUUAUUGGCCGUAAAAAUUUGAAGGUUUUAUAUGCGAAUAAUUCAAAUAUUGCUGCUAUUUAUAACCACACUUUUAGUGGAUUGAGGAGACUGACUAUUUUGCAUUUGGAAAACAACCAAAUAAAAGAGUUAUUAGGCUUUGAACUGGCGACAUUGGAAUAUUUAAGAGAGCUCUAUCUGCAAGGAAAUUUGAUCCACUACAUCGACAACCGUACUUUCAUUCAGCUGAAACAAUUGGAAGUAUUGCGAUUAGAUGGAAAUCGUUUAAGGACAUUCGAAGUAUGGCAAUUUGCAUUAAAUCCUUAUUUAGUGGAAGUAGGCUUGGCUCAAAAUCAAUGGUCGUGCGACUGCCAUUACACAUUGAAAUUUAAGAAUUGGCUCCAAGUAAAUUACGGUAAAGUGGUAGACGCAAAUAGAGUAGUAUGCAUGUACAGUAAUAUAACCAAAGAACUGGGUCCCCAUUUGGCUGACUUUAACGCGACAUCUUGUACGCUCCAUCAAAACGGCAAUAAUGCCGUAGUGGAAACCCAAGUGAUGAACGACUAUCUGCCUCUGCUCUUGGUAACGAUGUGUGUCUUCUUGGCGAGCGUCGUAAUUGUGUGUGGCGCUUUCUAUUAUCGUAGGGAAUUGCGUGUGUGGAUCUAUUCGCGUUGCGGAUUAAGAAUGUGCUAUAAAACGACGGCUUUCGAAGAACAACAGGACAAGGAUCGACUUUUCGACGCUUACUUGAGUUACAGUGUAAAGGACGAGGCGUUCGUAAGCCAAGUUCUGGCUCCGGGUCUCGAGUCGGGCGAUCCGGGUUACAGACUAUGUCUACAUUACAGAGACUUUAACGUUUCGGCGUACGUGGCCGACACCAUCAUCGAGGCCGUCGAAUCGUCACGGCGGACUAUCGUAGUCUUGUCCAAAAACUUUUUGCACAAUGAAUGGUGCCGGUUCGAGUUUAAAUCGGCGUUGCAUGAGGUCUUGAAGGACCGGCGUCGUCGUCUCAUCUUCGUCGUGACCGGUGAACUUCCUCAACGGGAUUUGGACCCGGAUCUGAGGCUGUACUUAAAGACAAACACAGUGAUCGAAUGGGGUGACCGUCAGUUCUGGCAGAAGCUUCAAUUUUCCAUGCCCGAUGUACGGAGACCUUGUGUACACCAAAGAUCUGCGAUUAACAUUUACGCCACGGCGACACCCUCCCACCUGGAACGGUCCAGGAGUCCUGCCAUUCCACCGCCCCCGCCGCCGGGAAAGCUGCCUCCUUUCUUGCAACAUUCCACGAGCCUUCCAAGGGACACCAGGACAAUGCCGCAUCCCCUGUGGGCGUAGCGGAUGUUUUCUAGCAGUAUGCCUACAUACCAUAGCAGACGAGUGGCGAGAACUAGACAGUUUGAUGGACGGUCUAUCCUUGUUUACUAAGGCGACUGGUGAUUGUGAUAUUUUUGUGAAUAAUUCUAAAUGUAAUUCUCCAUUUUAUUAUGGAACGGAUAUUUCUAGUUACAAUUGUUAUUAAUUUUUAAGGAUACGGACUGAUUAUUUAUAACGAAUUUAAACUUUAAAUACAAUUUAUAUUCAGUCUUGAUAUAUCAAUGUUCGUUGAAUAAACUGCUUCAUGAGCUUAUUAAUAUAGUUGUAAAAAUUGUACAAACACACUUUUAUCUAAAUAUGCGAUUUGAAUCUAAUAUGGAUUUUGUAAUUCCAUUUCGUUGACGAAGUGAAUAUUUCUAGAAGGUUGUGAAUUUUUCAUGUCUGGCAGUUUAUAUUAGUUAUUUUUGUAUAUUUGAACUAAUUUGGCAAUACACUCGAAAACUUUGUUUUCAAUGUUAAUCGAUUAAAGGGUUUACAAAAUUUGGUUAAUGUAUAUUAUUUUAUAUAGAACAAAUAGGAUCAUAGGAAUGAAAAUUGUAACAACAAACUAACAAUAAUAAGUACAUCAACAGUAUUAAUGAUGUAACUAUUAUAUUGUUUCCAUCUUGUUGGUAUUUAUAAAUACGUACUGUAAAAAUAUGUACUAUUGUAAGUCAAAUAAAUGAAUAAUAGAUAUUCUAAAUCAAAUUUUGUAAAAAAUUAAUAGUGUCUGUCGUAUAAUUUCAUUUUUUGACUUUCGCCAAGCGUAAUAAAACCGAACGUUUUAUUAUUGCUGUAAUUUAGUCAGACAUUGUUAUAUUCUUUGAUCAUUAAUUGUAACCACAACGAUAUUGAUAGACUUAAGUACUUUUUGAACAAACCAUUAUUAAAUACAACCAUUUCCUAUAACCCAUGUAUAUCUAAACUAAUUUAUUGUCCAUAAUGGUAAUAUCUAAUAUUGUUUUGUUCAUUAUUCGAUUCCUAAUAUAAUUGACACAUUUUUCUGUAAAUAUUGUGUAUAAAUAAUUUAAAUAUAUAUUUUCAACAGAAUCCCAAAGCACUAUAUGUAAAUAGUAUUAUAUGCUUAUUUGAAACGUAAUUUAAAAUAAAUAAACUAUUUAAUUUUA